CCGACUAGAAUUAUGCGAAUUGGUAGCGGUAGGUGUAGACCAAGCACGGACUAGCCAGGACAAUGAGAAAAGCAGUAGAGCACACACCACAUGAGAGCAAAAGGUAGAGGAAGCACAGCAAAACAGAGCUCACGGGUCAGGCCAAGCAGAGGGAGAAGAGCAGAGCACAACAAACAGUGCUCAAGGCUCAAGCCAAACAAAGGAGACGAGCAAGCCGCCAGCAAGUCGCGCGACUCGCUCUAGCUUCUGUACUAAAUCAACUGGUAUCUCCAUCUUCAACUUGGAAAUCACCUCUUUCAUUGAGUACGUUUUGUACGAGUAAGCCGAUUCUGUCAGUGCAAGGUUUGAUCAAAGCGCUUGGAAGUACAUCUGCAUAGCAGUUCGAGUCUGCAAGCUAGAUUGCCUGUAGGGGGCAGAAUUGAGAAAUGGGGGGCAGAAUUGAGAAAAAAUAUGAGGUCCUGGAGGAUAUACUUGCUGGAGUUGUGAUGCCGAGAGAUCUGCCACUAGCACUUCUAGAGGAUAUCACGGAUCAUUUCUCAGAUAAAAGAAUAAUUGGCAAGGGGGGAUUCCCAAUGGUUUACAAGGGUGUCCUCGGAAACAAGAAUGUUGCUGUGAAGAAGAUUUUUGUGAACAAAGACACAGUCAGUGAGAAGUUAUUUCAUCGUGAGGUUGCUAGCCUGAUGAAGAUAGAAAAACAUCAAAACUUAGUCCGGUUUCUGGGCUUCUGUUCUAAUAAAGCUCGUGUCGUGGAAGAACAGACAGGAUCAGAAGAACCAAUUUACUUUCAAAUUAUGGAUAUAUUACUCUGUUUCGAGUACAUCAGCAACGGAAGCCUUGAUAAACAUAUUACCGAUGAACUUCGUGGACUCACAUGGGAUACACGUUUUGAUAUAAUCAGAGGAAUUUGUGAGGGUAUGCGUUAUCUUCAUGAGGAUAAAUCUAUCAUUCAUAUGGAUCUGAAACCAGCAAACAUACUACUUGAUGAUCAUAUGAUACCAAAAAUUACGGAUUUUGGUCAGUCAAGAUUCGCUGAAAACACACAUACUAAGGAAAUUUUUAUAACACCAAAAUAUGGCGCUCCAGAAUACCUGAAAGAUGGCAGAACGUCAGAAAAGGCUGAUAUAUAUAGUUUGGGUGUUGUUAUUCGAGAACUGGUGACAGGAAGUGAGGACAGUCGAGAUACAGCCCAUGUACUUCGAAGGUGGACACACAGGUGGCAUAAACAGCAGACACAACACCAAUACCAACAAGUAAUUAAAUGCAUGGAAAUAGCGGUACGCUGCAGUGAACAUGAACCAGAAAAUAGGCCUUCUAUCAGUGAUAUAAUCCGCGGUCUAAGCGAAAUAGAAAGUACAAAUGGGCCCAUUGACCAGAUGAGCCUAUAUCAGUAUGAUGACAUGCUUGGGAUUGAGCCACUCGAGCUAUGUUUCUCUUUGGAGCAUAUAUCGUGCUUAGUUGAGCUAACCAACGAGACAACUAAUUCCAUCGCCUUCAACAUCAUCGGAAGGCCAAGCAAACAGUACAGCACUCAGCCUGACAAAGGCAUUGUGCCGCCAGGAUGCAAGCGCGAUGUGAAGAUAACACUGCAACCACAUGAGAGUGCAACACAAGUUACGAGUUCUGAUAAGCUCGUCGUACAGAGCAUACAAGUGAGUGUGGGUGUAGCAGAUCAUAAUAUUACUUCUGACAUGUUCAUAAACAAGGGUGGCAAAAACGUGGUUGAUGAAGUCAAUUUGAUGGUUCUAUAUCAGCCCAAGACAAUUAAUCUGCAAGAAGAGGCAGUCCCUGAGGACAUUGGGUCUAGUAGCCGUAAUAAGAAAAUACGUAGGUUAAGUACACCACAACUAUUGUACUUCGACCCAGUUGAAAGCAUUCCACGGAAUCUAGCCACUGGCUUGAUGAGCGACCAAACCGUGGAUCUCGCAACAGGAGCCAUCGGAAGCCUGCUUGCCAAGCUGAGUGAGCUCCUCAACAUGUACAAUCUGGAGGCGAGCAUUAGGAGCGAUGUGGAUUGUGUCAUACAUGAGCUAAGAGUCAUGCGCGCUGACCUCUGCAAUGUUUCAGAGGUGCAGUGGGACAACAACAAUGAGAAUAUCAAAUUAGCCAAACUUUGGGCUGGCGAAGUUAGGGAAUUGUCAUAUAACAUAGAGGAUGUCGUCGAUGGCUUCCUGAUACACGCCAAGGGCUCAGAACCCGCCACCCGUAUUGGAGGGUUGAUAGAGUCCAUAAAAAGGAUAAUGGGCCUGUUCAUGUCGGGAAGGACCAGCAGUCACCAGAUUGGUGGCGCGAUCAAAGACAUCAAGAAGAAAGUCCAGCAUCAGUCUAGCUGGAAGGGAAAGUACAAGGUCGAAGAGGUCAAAAAGGUUGCAAAUACAGUUUCCACAAUCAAUGCCCAUUAUCUAUCAGCUUUGGUGAAAGAUCGCGACAAACUCUUUGGCAUCGAUGAUGCAGUAAACGACCUCACCAAGAGGUUAAGAGGUGCAGAUGGCAAUGGGGACAUGUAUGGGCUCAAGAUACACUCCAUUUUUGGUAUUGGAGGACUGGGCAAGACCACACUUGCCAGAGCUGUGUAUAAUCAGCUCAAAGGGUCCUUCCGUUUGACUGCUUUUGUUUCACUGGGUCGGAAUCCCGAUGUGAAGAAACUCUUCUACGACAUUCUAUUUGAACUUGACGAACCAAGGCAUACAAAAUUGAAGCCUGCAAAUUUGGAUGAAAGCCAGCUUAUACGUGUACUCACAGAGCUGCUCAAGAACAACAGGUACCUCAUUGUUAUCGAUGAUAUGUGGGAUACAAAAGUAUGGCAUGAUUUUAUCAAAUUUGCUUUUCUUGGUAGCAAAUGCGGAAGUAAAAUAAUCAUAACUACACGUAUAUUUGAAGUUGCCGCAAUAGCUACUGAUGUAUACAAGCUGAACCCUCUUUCUGAUGGUUAUUCUGAAGAGCUAUUCUAUGCAACACUGUCUCCUGAGGAAGGCUGUGAGUAUGAUUUAACAGAUGGGGUAAUUGAAAAGAUUUUAUCAAAAUGCGAUGGUGUGCCAUUAGCUAUAAUUACAAUAGCUAGUAUGUUGGCCAGUAAACAGAGAGAGGAUUGGCCUAAGGUGUACAACUCUAUUGGUUUCGGGACUGAGGUUACCGAAGAUGUCGAUAACACAAGGAAGAUAUUGUUGUUUAGCUAUAGUGAUCUUCCACGCCAUAUAAGGACAUGCUUAUUGCAUCUAAGCAUAUAUCCAGAGGACUAUUUUAUCUGCAAAGACACGGUGAUAUGGAUGUGGGUUGCCGAAGGUUUUGUUCAUGACGAAUCAGGGAGAGGUUUAUUUGAGAUUGGGGAGAGAUAUUUCAAUCAGCUCGUCAAUAGAAGCAUGGUCCAGCUGGUGGCAAAUCCGCGCUACCUGGUCAGCACAAUGCUUCAUUUCCGUAUCCAUGAUUUGGUGCUUGAUAUGAUUUGUGCAUUGUCAAAAGAUGAAAACUUUGUUACUUUAUUGGAAAUAGAUGAGCAACACACAUCUUUAAAGAACAAUGCUCGUAGAUUAGCUGUCCAAAAGAGAAACAUUGAGAAGCUAGACCCUCCAACUAUUAAUUGCCACGGGCUGAGAUCAUUUUAUGCCAUUGGCUGCCAUAUUGAUGUGAUGCAACCACUUUCAAGAUUUAAAGUAUUACGCGUCCUAUCUUUGGCAGGAUGUAGAAUUAAUGAAGAUCAGCCUUAUCAGCUUGAACAUAUUGGGAAUCUACUUCAGUUGAGGUAUCUCGGACUAGAGAGAAUGCCUAUUUGUAAGCUCCCUGAAGAAAUUGGAGAUCUCCUUUUUCUGCAAACCUUGGUUCUGAAGGGAACUAAGAUAAAAGAACUGCCACAUAGUGUGGGCCUGCUUAGACAACUGAAGUGUCUAUGUGCUCCCAAAGUUAAAGUUCCUGAUUGGCUGGUGAACAUGACAUCUCUAGAAGACCUAAAGUUGGAUGCACUAAUGCCCUUUGUUUUUGCUGAAGGGCUGAUCAAUCUAAAAGAGCUUAGAGACCUCCAGAUUCAGAGUUAUCGUUCAUUUGGUGAUAAUUCGGACAGAGCUUUGGUGAAGUCUAUAGGGAAUUUGCAUAAACUCCAAAGCCUAAUACUAAUUAACUUCAUGGACAAUGCUGACGAGAUCUGGGAAGGCUUUGUUCCCCCUCGACAUCUCCAUAGCAUGAACAUGUACGUGGGAUUUUAUGGUGUCCCUCCUUGGAUGGAUCCAACACAUCUUCCAAGCCUCUCCGUCCUUCAGUUGCAUUUGUGUAGUAUGGAGGCACGCUGUCUAGAGAUCCUUGGGAGGUUACCCGAACUACAUACCCUCAAACUGCAGACCGGAGAGGGGAGCUGGCUUACGGUCACGGGCAGUGGUGCAUUCCCCAAGUUGAGGCACUUGCGUAGUAGUCGCGCAAUGCUGAGAUUUCAGCGGGGAGUUAUGACACGGCUUGAAUACCUUGAGCUCGAGGUCCGUGUACCGGAAUUGAAAAAGGCCAAGUUUGACUGCGACUUUACUAGCUUGGGGAACCUCCCUUUGCUUCAGAAAUUAAGUGUUCAUCUGACGUGUAAGGCCGACGAUCCUGAAUACGGGAAGAGGAUGGAGGUAGCAGUGAAGCACGCAAUUGAUAGGCAUCCACACCGUCGUCCCAUCCUUCACUGGAUUCAUUAGAGAUGCUCCGUUAGGGAUAUUCUUCCUUGUAAUUGUUGUUGUUGUAACCCUAGUCUCUGAGCUAAUAUAAAUAUGGAACCCCGCGGCUGAUUGCACCGUGGGAGGCUUGGGUUUACAGGAGGACUAUAUUGUAACAAAUGAUUCAGAUCUUGCAAGCUUAAGCGGCCCUCCAUUUCAAGUUGCC